CCUGCUUUUCUUUCCCCACCGCCGACGCACCUACACAUCACCUGAUGCCACCAGCAAAAUCUUCAGACAAGAGCUCCCCUGAGUCCGAUACGCCGAAGCAGAGAAAGAGACCUGGACGGGUACCUGUAUCGUGCGCGGAGUGCCGGAGAUUGAAGUUGCGUUGUGACCGCAAGGUUCCCUGCGAGACCUGUACUAAGAGAGGAUGCGCGGCUUUGUGUCCUGAUGGAUCCUUAAUCACCGGUGGUAAAGGUACAAGACAAGCAGUGGCGGAUGUCGAGGAUCUCAAGAAGAAGAUUGACACACUUCAAACACGCUCGAAUGCCCUUGAGACUGCGCUCAAGACUCUGCAAGCAGCUGUCUCUGACGAACCUCAUCCGCUCCUCCUGCAAGAUGACGCCUGUCCCCUAUCUAUGUUUUAUUCUUCAUCGUCGCCUGCAGACUCCCCGACGAAUCAUAGUAGCGAUUCGCAGCAGACCUUGGAGGAGGAUGUACUAGAUGUCUUUGGGACCCUCACCCUUGGUUCGCGUGGAGAGACGCGUUUUUUCGGCCAGACAUCCCGUUCCGAGUACCUUAUCCAUGCUCCUGAACGACUCACGGCAAACGAGAACAUUAAGUAUCCUCGGCUCUCAAAAGAACUCGUUGAUGAGGCGAACAAGGAGCUCGACGUCCCUUGUCGGAGUCGAGAAAUAGGCAUUGAGAUGAUGAAGCUCCUCCCUCCGCUAUCCCAGGCAUGCCAGAUGUGCGAGACAUUUCUUGAGUACGGAAAAUACGUUUGGUACCCUUUACCUCGCAAAUACAUCUUCGACGACAUCGUCUCGCUUGUGUAUUCCAGUUGGAAGGACUCGUCAGAGUGCAACGUCGGCUCAACACACCUGAUGGCGUUGAUGUGGAUGAUUUAUGCGCUAGCGACCCUCUACGACUUGAAAACCCCACCGUACGCUGUUGAAGCCCACGAGUACUAUCUCCUUUCCCGGCUAUCGCUGCGAUUUGCUCCUCCAGCCCAUGACACCACUCUUACCGCCAUCCAGACUAUGAUUUACAUGGCUCAAUAUCUCGAGAUGAGUGAUUGCGAGCCUGCGCACACCCAGUCUCACAAGGCGUGGAUGGCUAUAGGCCACGCCGUAAAGAUGGGACACAGUAUCGGUCUGCACAUGAAUGGUAGCCGAUGGCGGCUCGCCGAUGAAGCUGCGUUACAACGGAACCGAGUCUUCUGGCAAUUGUUCUUCCAAGACACAUGGAUUAGCUUCGGCUUCGGAAGACCGCCGACUAUCAACAUGGCGUUCGUCGACUGUGAGAUGCCCAUGGAGCCGGAGGUGUUUUCACAGGAGCAGGACAAGCGAGAAAUCGGAUUCCAUGUGUGGACGUGGCAAUACACGAAGCUGCUCCAUUCUAUCAUGACGACCGCAUUCGCUGCGAAGUCUCCCUGCUAUUCAAAGGUCAUGGAGCUUGAUCGUAGGGUUCGCGACUUUCCCAUCCCUGCAUCGCUUCGCGUGCAGUGUGGGGCGGUGGAGGACCCUCCACCAACCACUGCAGUGAUCGUACAGCGGUUACUUGGAACGUUGCUCAAGGAGACCACUCUGUUGAACCUGCACCGACCGUUCUUCUCCCAAGCAUUGAACGACAUGCCACAGGAUCCUUUGAGGCACCGCUACGGUCCUUCCGUUAUGGCGAUCUAUCGGUCUGCCUGGCGGAUUUUUGCCGGCGCAAGGUGUUCAUUCAAGUCCGCCCCUGCCCUCGCCGCUCGUAUGGGUAUGCUGUGGUCGUACGCGUUGGCUGGCAGCAUUGUGAUGUGUCUGGUUGUGGUCCGCGCGCCAACGACGACUCUGGCGAAGUCCUCGUUGACGGAGCUCGACAAGGUCUGUGAGCUGUUCGAGGAUGCCGCAAGCCAGAGUCAGAUCGCGUCAAACAACUUGAACGUGAUGCGGAAACUGCAGAAGCAAGCGCACGAUGCUGUCAACAAAGUGCACGCAGCUGAAGAUACCGCGCGGAUCCACACGGAGCUCGAUCGUCUCGGGGGCAAAACGCACCUGAUCUGCCCCACGGCGGAAAGGCCCAAGGAUCCUGCAUGUGAUGAAUCGUAUGCCCGCCUUCCGGAGACGAACGGAUCUGGUCCUGCUCGAACAAGUGCUGGGGCGGCGGCCUCGAGGUCUGCGUCUACGUCGACGGCUGGUCCACAGGCCCCGACGUCGACCGUCACGGCGCUGGAGCCGGUGGUGCAGCCGGACAUGAUCCACCCGACGAUCAUGCAGGACAUGCGGGCGUUCGACUUGGAUGGGAUCCCGAUGGGGGGCGUGCAGUUCAACAUGGACUUUCCGCCGACGGCGUUCGACCCGCGGCAGGCGGUGGACUUUUCGGCGUUCCCGGAGCUGGACUUUACGGCGGGGCUUGCGGCUCCGGGGGUGGGGGUCGGUGUGAAUGGGAUAGGGAGUAGCGGAUCGGGGCCGAGCCCGGAGGAUAUGUGGGCACUGUCGGGACCUGUGGGAAUGAACGUGGACGGGGUGGACGGGGUGGACAGGGCGAACGGGGCGAACGACAAAGCGCCGAGCUCGAUAGGGGGUAUGGACCUGGGCGCGAACGGACCGCCGGUGUUGGACGCGACAUGGCAGGCUUUGGUGGAGCAGCUUGGGUUUUGAUGUCGAACUGUAGGUGGGAGUAGCGGUCGAUUGUGUGCUAGACGUCUUUGUGUUUAUACUGGCUGUGGUGUCGUUUUGUAUGUUAGCCACAGGUAUUGGUAGCACAGCUACUCUACUUUGGAUGGAUUGGGAGACG